AUGCUUAAAUUUCAACCCAUAGGACCUUUACAAUUAAUAAAACCAGUUUAUCCUCAUCCAUAUAUACCUCAGUUACCAGGUUUUUUUAAUAUAAAUGAAAAAAUAUAUGCAAAGGAUUUUAAAAAAGAUAAUUGGAUACCAGGUAUCAUCGUUAAAAGAACAGGACCAAUGACGUUUUUAGUUGAAACUAAAUUAGGGGUAUGGAGAAGACAUAUUAAUCAGUUAAAACAUAGGUUCGACAACUCAGAAUUAAAAAAUAGAGAGAAGGCAAGAGAAGAAGAAACGAUGCAAACUACACCAGAAAUGAAUGAAAAUGAGCCCAUACAAAACUCAAUGACUAAAGACAUUGAUCCUAUACACGAAUUGGUGACCAAAGACAUUGACCCAAUACAAGACUCAAUAAACAAAGACACCAUCAUAAAUGAUAAGAUGAAAAUCGACAGUAAUGAGCAAACGGUGGUAGAGAACGAAAGUACAAGCAGCCGUUAUCCAAAACGGAUAAGAAAACAAUUUAUACCGUUUCAAAUCGAGAGCCCAAAAAAGGAGAGAAUAGAUGUAAUAGAAACAAUUAGCCUCAAAGGCAAUUAA